AUGAAGGAGUUGCUUUCUAUGAUGCAAGUUAAUGUUCGCACCAAUAUUGAUGCCAUCGUUUCUUUAAACAGCAAGGUUGAUGAACUGCAAGUCCAGCUUGCCAGGCAUGGCUCAGUCCAACCUCGAGGAGACUCAGAUGAUCUUGUUAAACGUCUUGAUGAUCUCACCUCUAGUCUUCCUGAUGACAAUGAGGGGGAGAAAUACCUACCUCCUACUGAUGUUACUGAACCUGAAGCUGAAGUCAAAAAGUCUGAAGCAGAAGAAAGGUCUAAAGUAGAAGAAGCCGAAGGCUAUUUACCUCAAGCUUUGAUCCUGCAAUCUGAAGCUAAAGCUGAAGAACUACAUAUCCUUAUCCCUCACUCUAAGGAUGCCAUUAUAUCCCAUGAAGCUGAAGCUAAAUCCGAGGAUGAUGACGAUGUCGUCAUAGCUCUUGCUGAAGAUGAAGACCUUCCUACCACCUCUACAUCUAAUGUUGGUGAUAAAGAUGAAGAUGAUGAUGAUGAUGAAGAUGAUAGUCUUUCCCUUCCUGAUGUUGGACAAGACUUAGGUGGUGAUGGUGAUGAUGAUGAUGAUGAUGACGAUGAUAAUGACAACUUCACCAUUCAAUACCACACCAGACCUGCCCCAGCUCAAAAAGGAGUCUCUCUCUUGGAAUCUUCAUCCCAGAGGGAGAAAUCUCAAGGGGACCAGCACACCACCUCCAAAAACUAA